AUGGAUAAAUCAAGUUUAAGCCUAGGUUCUUUUGCCAUCCCCAGUCUAACUCUACACGGAAAAGGUAAUAUAUGUCACACAGUACCGCUCAGUGAUCGCGGCAAGAGAGUACAAAUGGUCAAGAUGUUGGGUCUGACUGUGUUACCAAUACUAGCACUCUGGAGCUACUGUGUCUACCAACUUACUGAUUUAAUAUCUACCAAAACGGACAACGAAAAGAUGAGGGAAUCGUUGAAAUUCAGUAUAGAAAUUGGCAGACUGAUCCAUCAUCUUCAAAAGGAACGAGAUCUAAGCAUUCUAUAUUUGAGUGCUCUUGGCCCAGAGACCAAAUUAUUCCUGCUCAAAGAGUACGAAAUCACAGACAAAGCAAUAGAAAGCAUAGCCAGAUGGCCGGGAAAUCUGGACAGGGAUAACAGUGAAGCAUUUGAAUCCAAGGGGAAAAUGAUGCAGCACUUAGUUCAGCAUCGUCAACAACUAAACCGUCAAUCCUCAGACAUCAAUAAAGAAAUGCAGUUCUAUACUUCCAUUAUUGACAUCAUUAUAUACUGGGGAUACAAAUCUAUUGAAGAAUCCAAAUUUGCUGUGGUGUGGAAAUCUCUCGUCGGCUUCCAGAAAAUCACUUCAGCGAAGGAAGAUAUGGGAUUGGAGAGAGCGCUGGGGACCAUGUUCUUUGCACGAGGUGGAUUUGAAACUCACCUUCAGUUUGAAGAGUACAAUAUGAAGAUCUUUGGCUUUCAAACCAACUACAAAACUGCUCGUUUAUACUCUUCAGACGUUGAUUACAUCGGAUCAUAUGGCAUUUUUUCUUAUGGUAAAAAUGUCAGCAUUAUUAUGAAUACAUAUCGCACUCAUAUUCUUAAUAAUGGGGAAGAAGAACAAAGUGUCAGUAAAAUUGACUUAAGAAAUGCUCGCUGGUUUUACGACAACGCGACUCUUUAUUUGGAUAAACUUCUUGACCUCCAAACAACCCUUGGUAACAUUUGUCUUGGAAAGGUCGACAAGAUACUAGAAGAUUCAAAUAAAGACCUUAUAAUCAGCGCCUGUGUCUUGGUCUUUGUUUUAAUCGCAUGUUCUAUAGUUAUCAUAAGCACCGAAAAUUUGACCAGCAGCAUACAGAAGUAUGUUGUUAUUCUUGUGGAUAAAACAAAGGAACUGAACUUUGAAAAGAAGAGAACCGAUUCUCUCCUGUACCAGAUGGUACCAAAAGAAGUCGCAGACAAGUUAAAGAAAAAGGAAGGGAUUGAGGCGGAGUACUUUAAAUCUGUUACUGUUUUAUUUUCGGACAUUCAUGAAUUUUCCCGUUUGUCCAUUUCGCUGCAGCCCCUAGAGAUCGUUCAACUGUUGAACGCCCUUUAUGGUGCCAUCGAUUUUCUCCUUGACAACAGGGAUCUGUACAAAGUGGAGACCAUUAACGACUCAUAUAUGGUAGCGUCAGGUCUGCCACAUCGCAACAACAACAGGCAUGCUGACGAGAUUGCUGACUUUUCUCUAGCUGUCCAAAGGAUGAUGAAGGAACGGACAUUUUCCAAUAGUGAAAAAGGAACAAUCCAAUUGCGAAUAGGAAUAAAUACAGGACCUUGCAUGGCAGGUAUUGUGGGAUCAACCUUGCCGAGAUACUGCCUCUUUGGGGAUACUGUCAAUACAGCGUCCAGAAUGAAGUCUCAUAGCCGACCAAACAAAAUAAACAUCAGUCACACGACAUACGUGCUUCUAUCAAAGACCGGAAACUACACGAUGAAGAAGCGUGGGACGAUAAACAUCAAAGGUAAGGGUGAAAUGAAAACAUACUGGUUAACUGGGUGUACAUUGAGUGGUGAUAUCAUAGCCGGCAGUCCCACAUCUUACAAAAGUUUCAACAACGAUCUCCCCGGGGAAAUAACUCACAGUCAAUACAGCUAUAUGGCCUUGAGUUACAAUCCCUUGCCCGGUAGGAAGUUGACAGAAGAUCAGAAAAACAAAGCAAGAGUGUCACCUAAUGAUGUCAAUAAUGUUGCGAUGAAAAAGAAAAGUAUAGCGAAACGGAAUACCAAGUCUCUAUUUCCAGACAAAACAGAGAGGAAAGUAAACGGUAAUGGAGAAAGUAAGCAGCAAGUAGAACUGGAAUUGCAGGAUACAUCUGCUGCAACAGUUGACCAAGAUAUUCCAACAAAUACUGGCCAAUCUACGGCUUAG